UAUUUAUUAGACUCAGGUAUGUUGUGCGAAAUACCAUUAUAGACAUUGCAUCUCAUGUUUAAAACUAUGGUUUUAUGCAUUUUUAUUGUAAACUUGAUAAUAUCUGAGAUUUCUAAACCCCACUAGCAUUUUAUUAUUAUAAUAAUUAUUUAUAACACAGCUUGUUAUGUAAAGUGGACUUAUGUAAUGGAUCUCAGGUUAUAAGGGUUCUAAUCUAAAGGGAUUUCUAAGGCUUCAUUUUAACCCCUCGUCAGUGUAAGUCGGCCAUCAUGGCGUCAGGUUUACUGGUUUGUGCUGCCUGGUAUUACACUAUCAUAGCUGGUUUUUACAUACUCUACUGCCCUGUCAUGUAUUUAAUGUUUCUGAAACACAUAUUCUACAGAAAAGUUGUUGAUGUGCUAUUUGCAUUAUGGGAGCUGUAUCCAGUGGCUCUGUUUCAAUGGUGGUACAAGUCGGAAUUACAUCAUUAUGGCGAUUAUGUCGAUCCAAAUGAAACUACAAUCAUCGUCAUGAAUCAUCGUACAAGAGUGGACUGGAAUUAUGUUUGGAUCGCUUUGUACCACGCAACACAAAAGCCUUAUAAGAAUAUUGAGUGCAUCUGUAAAGGGAAAUUUAUUGACAAACCCCCAGAUGUUAGGUCAGAUAUUCUUGAUGUCAUGGCCAGGGGAAAGUCAAAGAUUAAAUUUGUUUUGAAAGACGAAAUCAAGACCAUUCCUGGAAUGGGUUGGAUUAUGCAAUUAAACUACUUUCUCUACGUGAAGAGGAACUGGCAGGAGGACCAAGUGAACAUGUCACAGUUCGUGGAUUACUACAAAAGGCUGCGAUACCAUCCGCGCGUGGUGCUGUUCCCCGAAGGCACUGACUUGAGCGACGAUAAUAAACGGAAAAGUCAGAAGUAUGCACUUUCGAAAAAACUACCGAAUUACGAAUACGUACUCCAUCCGCGUACAACCGGCUGGGCGGUGCUCUGCUCACGUAUGAGGAGUUCUGGACUGGCGUCAGUGUACGAUGUCACAGUCGCUUACGACACACCAGCUCAGACUGAACUGGACUUAUUGAGGGGGAUAAUCCCUAAACAUAUCCACUUCCAUUUCAAACGGUACCCUAUCGAGGAUCUACCUUGCGAAGAAGAUGAAUUAAGAAUUUGGCUUCAAGAUCGGUGGAAAGAGAAAAAUAUUAGCCUGGAAAGAUUUCACAGAGAUGGUACAUUCAUAGAUUUCGUAUCGAAGAAUCCUCCGAAAAAGAAUGAAUCCAAAUCGCUCCUAAUUGCAAAGUUAGCGUUCGUUUUCUGGACGGCUAUUGAUAUUUUAUUUCUUUACUGUAUUUUAUUCAGCGUGUUAUUCAAGUUUUGGGUUAUCUACCACACUCUGCUGUUCAUUUUUGUGACAAAAUAUUUUGGAGGCUUUCAUAAUAUUCAAUAUAGGAUUCUGGAUAAAGUUAACAUUUACGAAAAGUUCUUUUGAAUCCAUUCAUUAGCUAACUAAUAUCUUAUGUAGAACAAAACUUCUUAUAUUUUCAGUUGAUCGUUUGUUCCUGAAAUUAAAUUAUUAUUUUGAUUGUAUUU